ACCAUUCAUCAUCUGGCAACCACCCACAACAAUCGGAUAUUACUUUCCUUCUUCUCUUUGUUUGUGACCAUUUGAGUGGUCAACCCCGCGGUCUAAAAGUGGAGCCCCGAGGAUCUCGGAUCGGCGCGCUCCUACAGGGGCUCGGAGGCGCGCCCGGGGCUUCCAGAUUUUUGCCCGGUUUCGUCGCAGCGGAGACCGAUGCCUCGAAUCGCCGAGACCGGAGAGGGUCUCAACGGUCUAGAACGCCAGCGACGAGGGGUCGUCUGGCGCCACAAAACACCUUCCUAGACACAAUUGCAAACCGGUUUGAUGGGACCCACAGUAACUUUGUCCUGGGUAACGCCCAGGUGCAGUCGCUCUACCCCAUCGUCUACUGCUCGGACGGCUUCUGCGAGCUGACCGGCUUCGCCCGCGGUGAGCUGAUGCAAAAGAGCUGCAGGUGUCACUUCCUGUACGGCUUGGACACCAGCGAGAGCCUAACCACUCAGAUCCAAAAGGCCCUAGACGAGCGGCAGGAAUUUAAGACUGAGUGCAUCCUGUACAAGAAGGGGGGAGAGCAGUUCUGGUGUCUGCUGGACAUAGUGCCCAUCAAGAAUGAGAAGGGAGAGGUGGUGCUGUUCCUGGUCUCCCACAAGGACAUCACAGAGACCAGGAAGGACCAGCAGGACCAGGGGGACCAUGGACAAGACUCAGACACUGACGAGGAGACAGGUCUGGAGGUGCACCAGAUCACCCGCCCCCCAGGCUUUGAUCACAACCGCCGGCGUAGUCGGGCCGUACUCUACCAGUUGUCUGGCCACUUGCAGAAACAGGACAAGAGCAAGCUCAAGAUCAACAACAGUAUGUUUGGGGCGACCACCAACCCCAUCCCUGAGUACAAGGUGGCUGCCACCCCAAAGUCUCGCUUCAUCCUGCUACACUAUGGGACCUUCAAGGCGGGCUGGGAUUGGCUGAUCCUCCUGGCCACUUUCUAUGUGGCCAUCACCGUGCCCUAUAACGUUUGCUUCACCGUGGUGGAGGGGCGGGACGAGGGGGGCGGCUCUGGGGCUCGCAACCCCCCCAGUUACAGCGACAUCUUGGUGGAGAUUCUGUUCAUCAUUGACAUUGCACUGAACUUCCGCACCACCUAUGUGAGUACGACGGGUCAGGUGGUUUAUGAAGCCCGCUCUAUCUUUGGACACUACGCCACCUCCUGGCUGUUUGUUGACCUGAUCGCCGCCCUGCCCUUUGACCUGCUCUACGCCUUCAAUAUCAGCGUGUACUUUGGGGUCCACCUGCUGAAGACAGUGCGGUUACUGCGUCUCCUGAGGCUGCUCCAGAAGCUGGAGCGUUACUCUGAGUACAGCGCCGUGGUUCUCACCCUGCUCAUGUCUACUUUCGCCCUGCUGGCCCACUGGAUGGCCUGCGUCUGGUACUUCAUCGGACGCAAGGAGAUCGAGAGCAACAGCCUGAGCUCCUGGGAUAAUGGCUGGCUUCAUGAACUGGCAAAACGUCUCGACACGCCUUACUUCCUGUCACCUUUAACCUCGUUCCUCGGAGUCACUGAUUCGCUGCACACUUCUAGAACGAAUGGGUUGGCAGCCAAUUACAAUCACUGGAACACAUCAGGGUCAGAGCCGAUUGGACAGGAUUUCUCCUCGUCCUUCAGCUCCGGCCAAUGGAACGUCAGCGAGGCGGGGCGGAGCCAGGUGAAUGGCUCAGGGGUCUCGGGGGCGGCGCUAGGAGGCGGGCCGUCAGUGAGGAGCUCCUACGUGACGUCUCUGUACUUCGCUCUGAGCAGUCUGACCAGCGUGGGCUUCGGAAACGUCUCAGCCAACACCGACUCAGAGAAGAUCUUCUCCAUCUGCACCAUGCUCAUAGGAGCCCUGAUGCAUGCUGUGGUAUUCGGUAACGUGACAGCCAUCAUCCAGAGGAUGUACUCUCGGCGCUCCCUCUACCACACACGUACCAAGGACCUGAAGGACUUUAUCCGUGUCCACGGGCUGCCCAAGGCCCUGGAGCAACGCAUGAUGGAGUGCUUCCAGACCACCUGGUCCGUCAACAACGGCAUCGACGUCAGCGAGCUGUUGAAAGACUUCCCAGAUGAGUUGAGGGCAGACAUCGCCAUGCAGCUGAACAAGGAUCUCCUGCAGCUGUCUCUGUUUGAGUCGGCCAGUAGGGGGUGUCUGCGCUCCCUGUCCCUCAUCAUCAAGACAUCGUUCUGCGCCCCGGGGGAGUAUCUCAUCCGCCAGGGAGACGCCCUGCAGGCCAUCUACUUUGUCUGCUCUGGGUCCAUGGAGGUGCUGAAGGACAACACAGUGCUGGCUAUACUGGGUCGUGGGGACCUGAUCGGCUCUGACUUCCUGACCAAGGAGCAGGUGAUCAAGACCAAUGCCAAUGUGAAGGCCCUGACCUACUGUGACCUGCAGUACAUCAGUCUGAAGGGGCUCAGAGAGGUGCUCUGGCUCUACCCAGAGUACGCCCAGAAGUUCAUCACUGAGAUACAACAUGAUCUGACUUACAAUCUGAGAGAGGGGCAUACGGCUGAGAUGGACUGGGUGACUAACGGUGGUAUUGUGAAGAAGCUUUCCUCCAUCAAAGAGGACGAGGAGGGAUCUGAGGAGGCUCAACACUCGCCCCUCCCCAAAAUGCCCCGUUCCCCUCUGGGUCUGGGAUGGGGGCUGGGCUCGCCCCUGCGCUCCCCACUGCGCUCGCCCCUGCGUAGCCCCUCCCGCCCCCCCACAGACCACCGCAGGCACCGCCCCACCACUCUCCAGAUUCCUGUGGUGAGCUUCAGUUGUGCCCCUCUGGACCUCAGUCCCAGGUUUGUGGAUGGCAUUGAAACAGACAGUGGUAGUGGUUUGGGCCAGAAGUUUGACUUCAGCCCCAGUGUGACCCAGAACAUCCCACCCAGCUCUAGUCCAGGAAUGCAGGAGGAUGCAGAGACCGUACAGACUAUUACUAAACUGACAGAAGAGAUGACUAGCCUAUCCCUGCAGGUGUCACAAGUCAGCCAGGACCUCCAGGAAAUGACACGGCUUCUCAAGCCCCUCCUCCAGCCUCUCCUCCUCCAAGGCUCUUCCCAGUCCAUCCUCUCCUCCCUUAUGGCUGCCCUGACUCCGCCCACCAGUGAGACUCUCAGUAGCUCCGCCCCUCCACCUCCCAAAACUCCUUCCAACACCAACUUACUGCUGUUGGAAGAUACAGAGAUAGAGGGGGAGAGGAGACACCCGGAUCGCCACUUUCAGACACCUUCCGGGGGUCUGACAACCGUCCCCCAGCCCCAUCCUCACUCGGCUUCUAUAGGGGCAGAGAUGACCCCGACUAGCCCUGUUCAGCUCAGCUUCAUCGACGAGGAGAGGCCCACUGUCUGAGAGAAAGGAUUCACCAACACAGGACUGGCAUGACUAGACUGGCAUCAUGGCAUGGCUGGCAUGACACCCCUCAUAUCACUGCAUGAGGCACAUGGCUGCCCUGGGUUACUGUUUAUUUAAUACUAAGAUAACAUGAAGUAAGUUAUUAUUACCAAAUGUAUUUAUUCCUAAUAUGAAAUGUUAUGACCUGACAAGUUAUUGUUAUACCAUAUCUAUCACUGGCUAUGACCAAAUGAAACACAUCCAAAAUAUAAAAGUAUUCUUUUACAGUUUAGGCUCUAGAGUUGGUUUGGCGCAGAGUGACUGCAGAGAGGAUCUUGUCCAUUGGUUGUCGGCUGUAUUAGACGUUAUCAGACUUACACCAAACACACAAUAAAAACACAACUCGUCA